GUGAUCUGAUUAUUAUGUUGUUAAACUAUCUAAGCUCCAUACUCUUAGCCUACGUGCUGCACGUAAGCAAAGCUUCCAUCAUAUCAGUAGAAACUCAAUAUGGUAUAGUAGGAGGCUUUCCUAAGAUUUCCGCGGAUGGUAGAAAAUACAUAGCUUUCGAAGGAAUACCGUACGCAAAGCCACCACUCGGAAGUUUGCGGUUUGAACCCCCAAAGCCUUUUGGUAAAUGGAAUGGCGUAUUAACAGCAAACAUUACAUAUUUGUGUUCUCAAGUACUUUAUCUACCCCAUGGUCUUCAAAUGGGUCAAGAGGAUUGUCUUUAUUUAAACGUUUACAUUCCAAAAUCAAAAAUUAAUCAAAACUCAAAAAUGCCGGUUGUUGUGAAUUUUCACGGUGGUAGUUUCAUGAUGUUGGGACCAAAAGUGGCCGCUGGAGAACUUUACAUAAUGGACAGGGACGUAAUAUAUGUCAAUAUGAAUUAUCGUCUAGGUGUCUUUGGCUUUCUCUCGACUGAAGACGAAGUGGUUCCUGGAAAUAUGGGUUUGAAAGAUCAAAAUUUAGCUCUCAGAUGGGUGAAGGAAAAUAUCGAUGCAUUUGGCGGAAACCCAGAUUCGAUUACGAUAGUGGGCGUUUCGGCAGGAGCCGCCAGUGUUCACUAUCAUUACAUAUCUCCUCUAUCUAAAGGUUUGUUUGCCAGAGGGAUAUCUCAAAGCGGUUCAGUGUUUAAUAUGUGGGCAUUGGUGAAAAAUCCAGCAAAGAACUUUAAAACUUUAGGGAAUCUACUUAAGUGUCCAGAGGGUACAAGGGAAAUAGUAAACUGUUUAAAAAAAUUGCCUGUCAACGAAAUUCUAACAGCUGAAAAGAAACUGUUUAAGGUUUUAGAGACGUUUCCACCAACACUGUUCGGACCGGUUGUUGAAAAAGGGGAAAAUUCGUUUCUCCCAGAUCAUCCAUACAAAUUACUUGCCGCAGGACAAAUGGAACACGUUCCCUGGAUAAAUAGCUACGUAAAGGACGAAGGAAUUUUUAUGUUUUUGCCGUUUGUUUAUCUAAAUAAAGUGCACGAAUUGGAUAGACAUUGGGAAGAAAUGGCGCCAUACACUCUAUACUUUGAAGAAACAGCUAAGUCGUCGGACUGGAGGAAGAUAGCCCGGGAUUUAAGAAGUUACUAUUUAGGAGACACUAAAAUAACAAAAACAAACACCAAAAUAAUUAAGUUGUUUACCGAUCGCUAUUUUCUCUACGAUGGUUUAGAAGCAUUGAAACUUCAUGCAAACAAUUCCCAGGCACCGGUCUAUUUUUACAGGUAUUUCUACGACGACGGAAAGGGCAUGUUUGGAGUAAAAGGUGUCUCGCAUGGGGAUGACGCGAAAUUAACAUUCAAUCCUAUUAUGAUGCCAAGAAAAUUAGCAUCACCAACGUCAGAAGUGAAAGCCAUGUUGCUUGACUUGAUUUACGAAUAUGCUACCAAAGGAACUCCAACCCUUAAUGGAGAAGAAAUGCCAGUAUUCAAAGGUUCAACAGAAGAUUUAGUGGUGAAUAUUUUUUCCAGUACGAACAUUACCAGAACGCCCUUGGGAGAGUUUGAUAACCAAGCGUUUUGGGAUGAAUUGCCGAUCAUUGAAAAUAAGAAGCUUUUUCAAAAGCGAAUGGGUUGAGGAAUAAAAAUGUAUUUUUUCAAAUAAAUGGCCAAACUGAUGCCCACUUUACGUUUUAUUUGGCAUACUGUUAUAUUUUUGUAUUCAAUAAUCGACGUAAAA